GCAAACAGGGAAAAGAGAUAUGAGGGGUCUGGAAUAUUACUCUAGUUGAUUGGCAAAGGGGUGCCUGUUAGGAGGGAGGAGAAGCCAGCAGGAGGGUGAACUGGGGCAUUGCAGUGCUCUGCAGGAUGGCGUCGCCUCUGCCCUGGCUGUACAUUAUUCUAUGGGUAGAAAAUACCCUAGGGAAACUUGAAGAUGAAGGCAACUUCUACUCAGAAAACAUCAGUCGGAUCCUAGACAACUUGCUUGAAGGCUAUGACAAUCGUCUGAGGCCGGGAUUUGGAGGUGCUGUCACUGAAGUCAAAACAGACAUUUAUGUGACCAGUUUUGGGCCUGUGUCAGAUGUGGAGAUGGAAUAUACAAUGGACGUUUUCUUCCGCCAGACUUGGACUGAUGAGAGGUUGAAGUUUGGGGGGCCAACUGAGAUUUUGAGUUUGAAUAACUUAAUGGUCAGUAAAAUCUGGACACCUGACACUUUUUUCAGGAAUGGCAAAAAAUCAAUUGCUCACAAUAUGACAACCCCUAAUAAACUCUUCAGAAUAAUGCAGAAUGGAACUAUUUUAUACACUAUGAGGCUUACCAUCAAUGCUGACUGUCCUAUGAGGCUGGUUAACUUUCCUAUGGAUGGGCAUGCUUGUCCACUCAAGUUUGGGAGUUAUGCUUACCCCAAAAGUGAAAUCAUAUAUACAUGGAAAAAAGGACCACUUUACUCAGUCGAAGUCCCAGAAGAAUCUUCAAGCCUCCUCCAGUAUGAUCUGAUUGGACAAACAGUAUCUAGUGAGACAAUUAAAUCUAACACAGGUGAAUACGUAAUAAUGACAGUUUAUUUCCACUUGCAAAGGAAGAUGGGCUACUUCAUGAUACAGAUAUACACUCCUUGCAUUAUGACAGUCAUUCUUUCUCAAGUGUCUUUCUGGAUUAAUAAGGAGUCUGUCCCAGCCAGAACUGUCUUUGGGAUCACCACUGUUUUAACCAUGACCACAUUAAGCAUCAGUGCCCGGCACUCCUUGCCAAAAGUGUCGUAUGCAACUGCCAUGGACUGGUUCAUAGCUGUUUGCUUUGCUUUCGUCUUCUCUGCUCUUAUUGAAUUUGCGGCUGUCAACUAUUUUACCAAUCUUCAGACACAGAAGGCCAAAAGGAGGGCACAGAUUGCAGCCUCACCCCCAGUGACAAUAUCAAAAGCGACUGAACCCUUGGAAGCUGAGAUUGUUUUGCAUCCUGAUUCCAAGUAUCAUCUGAAGAAAAGAAUCUCCUCUCUGACCUUGCCAAUAGUUCCAUCCCCUGAGGCCAGCAAAGUCCUCACUAGGGCUCCUAUCUUACAGUCAACACCUGUCACACCCCCACCACUAUCUGCAGCCUUUGGAGGCACCAGUAAAAUAGACCAGUAUUCUCGGAUUCUGUUCCCUGUUGCAUUUGCAGGAUUUAACCUUGUAUACUGGGUAGUUUAUCUUUCCAAAGACACAAUGGAAAUGAGCAGCAGUGUUGAAUAGCUUGCAGCCAGGAUAACUUCUAUUCUAUAAGUUCUCAUUUUCUAAUUUUUAAAAAUAGCAUUAAGAAUUGUAUGGAUGCUUUUCUGAACAUUGAAAACCUGUAACACAUAGCUUUGAGUAAGCAUAUUUGGGCCAAAAAGCAAU